GCCUCCGGCUGUAGCUCUUUUUGUAGUUUGGUGUGCUCGGUUGCGGGGGAAGUACAGUUGUCUUGAUACAAAGUAAAGGAUUACAAAGGAGAGACUGGGAAUUACAUUAUGAUACAAUUUGUGAAACGGAGACUGUAAUCCAUCCAUCCUGUUCUCUUAACAACCUAUUUUUCUCUGACUACCAUAACAGCACAGCCUCUAGAGGGAGCCCUGUUGGGAAGGGCAGAGCCGUGCAGAUGCAGGUGCCCCCUCAGCUCUUCAGUGUCAGUGGUUGUGCCUGGGUCAGCAGUUUGUGCCGGCUCAGACAGUUAGGGGACGGUGAUUCCCCGGAGGCGUCUGAAACGAUGUCGGUCAGCGUGCAUGAGAAUCGCAAGUCCCGCACCAGCACUGGCUCCAUGAACAUCUCCCUGUUCCACAAGCCCUCUCACCCAGACAGCGUGCUCACCCACCUGAACACUCUGCGCAAGCAGUGCAUGUUCACUGACGUCACGCUGUGGGCGGGCGACCGCUCCUUCCCCUGCCACCGAGCUGUGCUGGCAGCCUGCAGCCGCUACUUCGAGGCCAUGUUCAGCGGCGGGCUGCGCGAGAGCCUGGACAACGAGGUCAACUUCCACGACAGCGUGCACCCCGAGGUGCUGGAGCUCCUGCUGGACUUUGCCUACUCCUCACGGGUCAUCAUCAACGAGGAGAAUGCCGAGUCCCUGCUGGAAGCCGGGGACAUGCUCCAGUUCCACGACAUCAGGGACGCAGCUGCAGAAUUCUUGGAAAAGAACCUACACUCGUCCAACUGUCUUGGGAUGAUGCUGCUCUCUGACGCCCACCAGUGCAAGCACCUCUAUGAGCUGUCUUGGAGAAUGUGCCUGGUGCAUUUUGAGGCUCUGAGGGACACAGAGGACUUCUUCAGCCUAUCCAAGGGAAAGCUCCUGGAUCUGAUCCUCAGCGACGAGCUGGAGAUCGAGGAUGAGCAGAUUGUGUACAACGCUGUCAUGCGCUGGGUGCGGUAUGACCUGGAGAGCAGGAGAGAACACCUUCCCGAGCUGCUGAGGGGCAUCCGCCUGGCCUUGCUGCCUUCCGAGUGCCUGAUCAACGCUGUAGCCAGUGAGGAGCUGGUGGUGUCGGACAAACGCAGCAUGCAGAUCGUGGAGGAGGCCAUUCAGUGCAAGAAGAAGAUCCUACAAAAUGACGGAGUGGUCACCAGCCCUUGUGCCCGUCCUCGCAAGGCUGGGCACACAUUGCUAAUCCUGGGUGGCCAGACCUUCAUGUGUGAUAAGAUCUAUCAGGUUGACCACAAGGCCAAGGAGAUCAUUCCUAAGUCAGACCUGCCAAGCCCUAGGAAGGAGUUCAGCGCCUGCGCUAUUGGGUGCAAGGUAUAUGUGACGGGAGGAAGGGGCUCAGAAAAUGGAGUCUCUAAGGACGUUUGGGUGUACGAUACAGUUCACGAAGAGUGGUCCAAGGGGGCACCCAUGUUGAUUGCUCGGUUCGGCCACGGUUCGGCUGAGCUGGAAAAUUGCCUGUACGUCGUCGGCGGCCACACGGCUAUCGCGGGGGUUUUUCCUGCCUCUCCCUCCGUGUCACUCAAGCAGGUGGAGAGGUAUGACCCUCUCACCAACAAGUGGACCAUGAUGGCACCCCUCAGGGAUGGUGUCAGCAAUGCCGCAGUGGUCAGCGCCAAGCUGAAGCUGUUCGUCUUCGGGGGGACCACCAUUCACCGGGACAGAGCCUCCAAAGUCCAGUGUUAUGACCCAGUGGAAAACCGCUGGAUAAUCGCAGCGGAAUGCCCGCAGCCUUGGCGCUACACGGCCGCUGCAGUCCUGGGCAGUCAAAUAUUCAUCAUGGGGGGCGACACAGAGUUCACAGCUGCCUCUGCUUACCGCUUUGACUGCGAGACCAACCAGUGGACACGAGUCGGGGAUAUGACUUCCAAACGAAUGAGCUGCCAUGCCGUAGCCUCGGGCAACAAACUUUACGUGGUAGGGGGCUACUUCGGUGCUCAACGAUGUAAGACGUUAGACUGUUACGACCCCACAUCUGAUAGCUGGAAUAGUAUAACCACAGUGCCUUACUCCCUCAUCCCCACUGCAUUUGUCAGCACCUGGAAACAUCUGCCUGCUUAAACGCACUGGGAAGAAAGGGGGUUUAAUAAACUUAGAUGCCAUGGUUUUUUCUCCCUGGUGGUUGCCUGGGACAGGCGUUCUUCCAAACAGCCUGCGGUACAAUGUCCAGGAGACAUCAGGCCGGGGCUGCACUGAGUCUUCACUAUCACCUUCCGACUAACUGGCGGGAGAGGAGCCGGACUGGGGAAUGAACUCCAGAUGGGACACCCAUGGGAUGAUCGGAGAGUUGUUUCUCCGUCUCCUUUGGGGCACAAAUCAAAAUGGAUUACUUGGAGUCUUAACAAACUUUCAGCCACUGUGGAGAAGGACUGAUCCCAUUGGGACAGAUUUGGAUCAAGUGGUACUAAAAUCUUUGGGCAGGUUUCACUUUUAAGGCUAUUACUGUUGGAAACAGCAUGAUCACAGACACAAAGCAGAACUUUUACAUUCGUCAUUUGACCUUAGAAGAACGUGAUCCACAAACAAAACUCAACCAGUUACUCAGAGUACUUCCAAGUUGGCUUAAACUGUUUUGUUGCUUUUUUAUUUUAAAAAGUAUUUGGAGGAAUAGAGUGACAACUAUUUUUGUCAACACACAUAAUGUUGGCCAAUACAUGACACUGUAGGUGUACUGAAGAAAACUGCAUGAUUAUCUUAGAAAUAAAACAGACAUCCAUUGGUAGAUAUAAUUAACAGGUUAGAGUAAAACUGCUUCCUGUUACAAUGUACAGCAUAUUAUGCAAUCAUAAUUCAUUAUCUAAACUUCCAGAGUGGGGCUCAGGACUGCUGCAGCAUCGCAGUUUCUGUGAGAGCUUUCCUCUGUCCCCAGUAAUAGAACCUGUUUGAACAGGAUGACUUGAAAGGUCAAAAUCUGAGCACACUUUUAACAUGUUGAAUUGCUGUAACACACUAAUCUGAAAUUAACUUCUCUGUACAUUUAUAUCAGAUUCCUGAUUCAUGAAGCAUUUCAGGUGAUUGAAAUUAAUGAAAAAAGAACUUAAAAACGUCAACACUAUGGUUAUUGGUUUUGCUACCAGUUUUUUAGGAUGAAUUUUGCACUUUGAACUGAUUGUUCUUUUGUAGGAGAUUCGAAAGGGGCGAUGAGGUUGUUGUGGUCCUGGAUUUUAUCUGAACUUUAACUGAUGUAGUUUGAAGAAUGACUUUGAAAUUCAGUCCAGAUAGUUUACAUUUCAGUUUGUAAUCCUUGCUAGUUCUUAAACUUCUCAUAGUAGGUAAUAGGACCUUGGGAGGGGCUUUGAAUUUUGUUUUGAAUACAUUUUAAAGAGUCCUUUACACUAUUUGACUUCAGAGGUGAAAAUCUUGUUACAUCCAGUCCAUUUGUUUACAAAAUAGAAAUGCAUUCUGAAAUGUUAUUGGCCACCAUAUCUGCUCCUGUGCCUGAAACUGAUGGGAGUGUUUGUCAUUUUAUUCUCAUGUGUCAAGGGCUUAAAUAAACCAGUGACUUUCUGAUAAAGCUAAAGAUGGUGGUUCAUUCUGUAGCCCUGGAUUGAUUCUGUAAAUUAAUUAAGGAUCAGCUGCUUUAUGUUUACAUAUCGGGUUAAACAUUUAUAUAGUACCAAGUACAAAGGCAGAAUUCCCUCUUUUUGUUUUAAGACAUUACAACGGCGUACAGGUUUGAAGCUGAAAAUGUCCCGUUACCAGUUUGUAUUUACAGCACUACAGAUUUUUUUUUUCCAUCAUGGACAGAAGCACAAGAUAGAAGCAGCACAAAAGAGCUAUUGCUAUUAUAUGUGAGGAAUUCAUCUAGUCUUCCUUGGAGUUUCAGACCCAGUCUUCAUAAGCAACCCUGCAAUCCCUUACCAGUUAGCUAUGUGCUUGAAUCAUACACCUGGAAUAGGUGCAUAUUUACCAAUCCUCAUCUGCCAGAGCAGCCUGGUGGUUAUCUGUGGUAAAGAUGCUUCCUGCUCUACUUGAACUGAAUUUGCACAAUUCUCCUUUUAAACUCUGCCUUAGAGGGUACAAGACAAACAAAAGAAGCAUAUUUAAGCAAUCACAAAAAUAUGCCUGGAGUUUAUUGCCUUCUAACCCAAAAGAUAUCGCAAUCACUGUGAGCUAUUUUUAAAAUGUCUGCUAGCUGUAUCCCCUGCAGUGAAACUGAAGCUUUUUGGCAGACUGCCCAUCUGGCAUUACAGUAACUGUGGUGAAUAUUCCUCAACAGGAUAGCACAUCUAUGGGGGAAAAAAGAUAUUGAACAACUAUAAAAGGGAAAGGGAUUGUAGACUUUCAAAUACUUAGUCUAUUCAGAGCUACUUAGUCAUUUUGUGGAAGCUGUGGUAAGGCCACAGGAGCCAUCGCUGUGCUUCCUAUUGUAUUGAUCAUCUUCUGUCCAAUAUCGUUUCCAAGCUCUGCCAUUCAUGACACUCAAUACAGGAGAAAGGAAGGGAAGAAAAAAUCUACUUCACGUGCAGUUUAUUUCAAUGCAAAAAAAAAAAAUACUAAUUGAGAUAAAAGCAUUUUGUUGACAGGAAUGACUUUAGGGGAUUUAGAUUUUAACAACACAAUCAGACAAGCAGGCGUUGAUAUCAUUUAUUGCAUUGUAUGUAUAUGAAGUCGAUAAAAAACACAAUACUGCUGUACAAUUUGUAUCAGGACCUUUGGUAAUUCUUAAUAAACAUUUAAAGUGA